AAAAAUAAUAACCUUUGACCUUUUCACUAAAUACAUCUCACUCAACCCACUCCGACAAACACUUGACCUAACCAAGAUCCAAGAUACAGAACGAAUAAACAAAAGUUGACACACAUUGCAUUAAUUUAUUUUUACUAAAAUGUCCACUAUUAAUUCCGAUGAAUUUGGUACCACGAAAGACGGCCGCAAAGUAACAAGAUACACAUUGAGUAACAAAUCCGGAGCCAGUGUCAGAAUUCUGGAUCUUGGUGGUAUCAUCACAGAAAUCAAUGUACCAGACAAAGACGGAAACAUUGGGGAUGUAAACCUGGGCUUUGACUCUGUUUCAGAUUAUGAAGAAAAGCCUGGCUAUAUAGGCAAACUCAUUGGAAGGGUAGCCAACAGAAUAGCAGGCGGUCAAUUCACUCUUGACGGAGAGACAUAUCAUUUGUUUAUAAACAAUGGCCCCAAUUCUCUUCAUGGUGGUAAAGUGGGUUUUGAUCAGAAGGUAUGGGAAGCCAGUGUGAAAGAGGAUAAAUUAGUCUUGAAAUAUGUUAGUGCUGAUGGUGAAGAGAACUACCCAGGAGAGUUAACUGUCACAGUUGUAUAUGGCUUUGAUGAUGAUAACAAAUUAUCUAUUGAUUACACUGCCACAACUACAAAAGCCACACCCAUCAACCUUACUAACCACGCCUACUUUAAUCUGGCUGGACAUGGUACCGGUCAUAUCAAUGAUCUGACAGUCACGAUGCAUGCAGAUAGUUAUCUACCCUUAAACGAAAACACUAUUCCUACUGGGGAAAUUAGGUCAGUUGCUGGCUCUGGGUAUGAUCUACGUCAGCCUGUUAGCCUAGGGGAAAGACUGAAAGAAGUUGCGGACGGUCGUGGUUUUGACAUCAAUUUCUGUCUGGAUAACAAUGGAGCUUUAAAGCUGGCAACCAGGGUUGAACACGGACAGUCUGGACGCUACAUGGAUGUGUACACAACGGAGCCAGGCAUGCAGUUCUACACAGCGUACUGGUUAGCUAACAUGAAGGGUAAAGGUGGAGCAGAGUACGGCCAGUUUGCUGGUCUGUGUCUGGAGGCACAGCACUACCCUGAUAGUGUCAACAAGCCACAGUUUCCCAACUCAAUUCUACGCCCUGGAGAAACAUACACCCAAAAGACAAUUUACCACUUUGGUCUUCUGUAAAACCUUACAUUUUGUCCAGCUAUCUGAUAGCUUGAAUACUAUGUGUCACACUAGUUUGAGGGAAAGCAUUUACUUGGAGGGUUGUCGUGUAUUUUGGUCACAUUUAUCUUCCUAAACAUUCUAUUUAAACUUAAUUUAUUUGUUGAACCUAUCUAGAUUUUGAAGUGUUGGUUACAAAUACAAAUGGUAAAUGUUUAUUUUUGUACAUCCAGAUAUAUAAAAAGAUAAUUUAAUGCAAUAUACAAUUGUUUUUUGAUGUAAUGUACAUGAAGCUAUUAUGUAUUUGACGAAGUACUUUUGUUACUUGAUUGAACAGGGUAAUGCUUACUAAGUUCAGCAAGUCUUUUUACAUUGACAUUUUACAAUGACAUUGUCAUUUACAUUAUCUAUCUGUUAAUCAUUAUUGCCGUAAUGAUUCUGUCAUCAUCUUAGUUGAUAUUGCAAUAACUGAAUCAGUAUUUGAGCUGUCAUCUUCUGGUGGUUCAUGUUACAAUCCAUGUAUAGACAUCAAAUAUUUUAUAAAAUCAAAGAUCUCAAUGAUAAAUUAUUGAUGUUUAAUAAUUUAAGUUAAUUAAAAAUAUUUACUUGACAUUUUUAACCGCACAAAAGUCUCAUUAUUACAGUAAAUAAUUCCCUAACCGCACAAAAGUCACGUUUUUACAGUAAAUAAUUCCCUAACCGCACAAGUCACGUUAUUACAGUAAAUAAUUCCCUAAUGUAUUUACCCUCUACAUGACAAAAUGACAGAAGGUUUAAUGUAUUUAUAAUGAGGUUUUUGUCAGGUUUAAUGACAUGUUGUUUACUUUAACUCAGGUCAACUUGUUGUCCAACCAGUGGGUUGAUAUAUUGUUUUGGUGUUUAAAAGUUUAGUCUUUAAUACUUAUUAUAACCAGAUUGAUCUCUAAACUUAUAACCAGAAUAAAUAUUUGAAAUAAC